GGUGGGUCAACGGCGCUCGUGUCAUGGAGGGUGUCUCCCUGUACAUCAUGUUGGUCGUGGUUAUAGUGGACAUUGUGAUGACGUGCUGCAGACGCUGCAAGACGAAAUGGUUCCUCGCCCAGGGUAUUCUCUGUCUGCAUGCAGGCAUGUUGUCAAUCGCUGCUGUGGUGAUGGUGAACGAAUACCGACAUGAUCUCAGAAAAAUCCUUCCUCGUGAUCGUGAAUACGGGUGGACUACUGUCUCGCCACACUGGGCGUACUACCUUGCCUGUUUGAAUGCUGGUUUUCUCACCUUGUCCGGAAUCUACACACUUUUUGCUAGGAAUUCAGGAGAGGAGAGCAACCGACUUGUGGAAAAACCACCUCCAUAUCCCAGCAAACCGUCUUCAGAAUACGGAACCGUCCAGGAAACACGCAUUGGAAAUUAAAGAUAUAUGACGAGAAUGUUGAUGAAUAGAAUCAAACAGGAAAUACCAUUUUAAGGUUUUAAUAAAUCAUAUUUUUGUAAAGAUGAA